AUGGCAGCCGUCACAACAUCGGCGCCCCAUGCCGCCUCGCCGCCGUCAAGCCCACUGGGCCGCAAACCCCUCCCGCUACAGACCUUGUCCCCCGAGUCCAGCAGCUGGGCCGAGGAGCCGAAGACGCUUCCAGCCAUUCACACGCUCACCGCAGACUCGCCGAUCAUGCGCCAGUCGCCUAUCUCACCGGUACGGGUCAGCUUCCAGCCUGAGAACUGGGCUCAGGCAACGGAUGUCAGCAUCGAGUCCACGCCUGCCUACUCGUUCGGCCCUGCUACAGCCACAGACCGCUCCCUGCCCAAGACCCCUGACGCGCCAACACCACCACCGCAUACGCCCCUAUCCCAGGACCGCGUGGAGUACGCUGACUCGCCGGAGCCCAGCUACCACGAUACGUACCAGAGCGUAAACCCGCCCCAGCUAGACGGCCGUGCACUGCCAAUAUUAAGUGUACGAUCGGCUGCCGACAACGGCCAGGCGCCGAGACUGGACUUUGGCCUGCCUGAUCCAACAAGACUUGGUGGCACGGCCACGCCGGAUACGGACGCAGACAGCGGCCUCGCCGGCCCCGGCGGUGACAACCGCCACAGCCGCGAUACCAACAUAACCGCCAGCUCGAGCCAGCAGCAAAUAUCGACCGAGUCGUCCGCUGCGACGAGCACAAGCUCAAUCUCCGGCCCGAACGAGCAGCUCAAUUCUGGCGACCUCUCUCCUGAGAGUUCACUCGAGGACGGCAUUCCUGGCAGUCAGUCCGUCCCCCAGCUUCAGUAUCACCACCAGACGUACCUGCCACACUCUGCCAGCAUGGCCGCUAUUGCGCAGCAGGAACAGCACGCUGACUUGCGGUCCUCCUCCAACCCCGACCUGGUCGGCAACCCUGCUGCCAUCAACCGCCACCUCACGCCCACAUCGCACACGUUCCGCCGCAGCUCGCUGCCUCGUCCUCAGUCGGCCUAUUCCGUUUACUCUGACAUGAGCCCGCGCGGGCGGUCCCCUGGUCUCCUUGGCGGCAACUCCAACAUGCGCGCGCCGUCGGCCCAGUCCCGCAAGUCACCUGAUACCCGCCCGUCCUCCUACGCCGACAUGCUCAACGUACCCUACCCACAACCCGCGCCGGCGCCCAUUGCGCUCGACAACAACCAAUUGCGCAAUAAUGUUGGUUCCAACGCGUCCCUUCUAAGCACUCAGAAGACGCUUGAAAUGUACCGUCAAAAUGUGAAGAAGACGACCGACAUGUCCAUCCAGUACUCGUUUGCUGUGUUCCUGAUUUCAACAGCGCAGGAGCAGGGUCUGAGCUACGACGAAUCGACGAAGCGGAAGAACAGCCCUAAAAUUGUGCGGGAUCUGGAAAGCCCGUACGUCGAGACUGCAGGCGCCACACCUUUGGAGCUUGUGCGUGAGGCUCGCAGUAUCCUGCAGCGCCUGUCCAACAACGGAUAUCCAUUUGCGCAGUACUACCUAGCCGACGGCUACGCAUCGGGUCUUUUCAGUAAGGGUAAAGAAGAUUAUAAUGCAGCGUUCCCCCUCUUCGUUCUUGCCGCGAAGCAUGGCCACGCUGAAUCUGCCUACCGCACUGCUCUCUGUUACGAAUUUGGGUGGGGCUGUCGCAAAGACCCUGCCAAGGCAGUCCAGUUCCUCCGCACCGCCGCCGCAAAACGCCACCCCGGCGCCAUGACUCGCCUUGGAAAGGCAUGCCUGUCGGGCGACCUUGGCGAGAAGCGCUACCGCGAAGGACUCAAAUGGCUGAAGCUCGCCACUGAGUCAGCCGAUGCCAUUUAUAAUGGCGCGCCGUACCAGCUGGGCUGCCUAUACGAAACCGGUUAUGGCGAUGACAUCUUCCAGGACGAGAGCUAUGCCGCUGAGUUGUUUACGCAAGCUGCCGAGUUGGGUCACCCCGACGCCAACUACCGUAUGGGCGACGCUUACGAGCACGGCCACCUCAACUGCCCUCGCGAUUCGGCCCUGAGUGUUCACUUUUACACCGGCGCUGCUGAGCGUGGCCACCCCGGUGCGAUGAUGGGCCUGUGCGCGUGGUACAUGGUCGGCGCAGAGCCACUUCUGGAGAAGGACGAGGAAGAGGCCUACGAGUGGGCUCGUCGCUCUGCUGAGCUUGGCUACGUCAAGGCACAGUACGCUGUCGGCUACUUCACUGAGAUGGGCAUUGGCUGCCGAAAGGACAUUCUUGAGGCCAACGUCUGGUAUGUCAAGGCUGCCGACGCUGGUGACGAGCGUGCCACGCAGCGCCUUGCUGCCAUUCGUUCGGCCAUCAGCGGUGGCGGUGUGCCAAUGGAAGUCGGCCCUCCCCGGAACGCCAAGAUGAAGAAAAGCGGUUCCAAGGACAAGGACGACAACUGCACCGUCAUGUAA